AUGUCCGAACUGGAAGAAACAUCGUGGAUAGAGCUGCUAUCCAGUGCAGUUAAGUCUGACCAAACUUUGGGGAUGGAUAAAUUGAAAUUAGUGCUUCAAAAUUUUAACAUUGAGUCCCCUGAGUUCAUGGAAAUCACAUCGUAUUUGCGUCAGACCAGUGAUGAUUUUAAAAAUUUAUCAACGGCAGACAAAGUGACAACUUUAACUGUAGGUGUUACUUUCUUGAAUCAUGCAAACCAUUCAGUAAUUAAUUCAUUUGAAGGAUGCUUGUUAGAUUUUCAGAAGCAUUCUUUGUUAAGUUUAAGUACAGACAAUGCCCAGUUGAGAAAUAUUUCUGGUUCUUAUUUGGGGGCACUUUGUGAAAAGUUAGGUUGCCGUGUAUAUGCAGACAUGAAAUUUUCAAUUAUAGAACUUUUUCACGAAAUGAACAAUGACAAUUCUAUUAAUAACUCAACAUCAGAUAUUCAUGCAACAAAUGUUCCCAACACAGAAUCCUCUACUAACAACACUCAUUCAUUAUCUCCCAUUCAUGUAGACGAGACUUCAGCCCAGAUUUUCAGAGAUACAGUCAGUUGGAAGUGUCUGGAUACAUGGAUCAGUUGCAUUCAGAAGAUAGCAACAGGCUGUGGCGCCUCAUUUGCUCAGUUUGUGGACUCUGAUUUGCUGUCCUGUAUUUCAUGUUCUCUGAACAACAGGGAAAGAUUUGUUAGAGAGAGUAGUUGCACACUCUUGAAGACAUUUAUAAUUCAGUGUCAGAUUUAUCAAUACUGGCAGCAACAACUUCAGUCAAAAGAAAAUCAGGAAAUAACAAAUGGUACAAAAGAUAAAUUUAUCGAUCUGAUAUUGAAAGGAAUGUCUGACCAUUGGGCUGAUGUUCGACUGCCAGCUUGUGUCAGUGCCAGAGAGUUCAUUCUGUCCACAAGAUCCAACGAUGAGGAUGAUUUCGACGAGGGAACACUAAACAAAUUUCUACCGGCACUUUGUUUUAACAGGUAUAGCAUUGCUAUUGGUCUGCAGAGGUACAGCCAGGCAACAUGGAUGACCAUUACAAAAGGAUUAGGAAAGAAGAAGAUUGAGGAGAACAUUGGAAGGGUCCUUGAAUUUUACAAAAUGCAAUUGAUCUCUGGUAGUUCUGAAUGUAAAGAAAUGUCCUGCCAGUGUUUCAACGAAUGCAUCAAAAAACUCGACCCAUCCUACAUUAAACCUGCAGUUGGGGACAUCUUAAGCACAAUGAAGUUGUCUGGCAUAUUCAGAGAUUCGGUUUGGUCAGCAAGGGAUGCUGCUUGUUUGCUGGCUCUGCAAAUCAUUGAAAGUUAUAACGAGGAGACUUCUGAAUUUGUUCAAUAUCUAAUGGAGGAAAUGUUCGUUCUCACUGAAGAUCUAGCACCCACGGUCAGAGACUCGUCUGCUUCGGUCCUGGCUGCAUUAAUUCGAAACAAUGAGGAUGGUCUGCCUAGAAUGAUUGAGAGGAUUCAAACUGGUCUGAAGAAUAUCAAACUAAUUUAUAAGGAUCAUGCAAACAAGUCCAAAGGUAGAGAGGAGGAACAAGAAGAAUUGAAGAGUGAACUUAAACAGCAAGAUAAUACACAAAAUCAAGUUGAAAAUUUGCCCAUGACAAACGUAGAAAAGAGAGUGAAUGAAUUCUUUCCAUCUCCAGCCUCACCACAGCCACAAGAAGCAGACAACAACUCUAACACGAGACCAAAAAUAACAUUUGUCACUCUGCCAACUGGACUGUCGACGAUAUGUUAUUCAAGAAGAAGUGUGGAACCAUGGGAGGUUGCAGAUGGUUGCAUAUGUCUGCUCAGAAAACUGUCCACAAAUAUAUCCCCAUCUGCCAAAACUCAACUGACAGCUCUUGUUCCUGUUUUAGCUGACUCAGCCAAUGUAAAGAACUACGACCAGCGACCGUUUUACGUUCAGACCCUGCUUAAACAGUUACCAGAAAUAUACGAGGGGCUGGGCAAAAUUUGCCUGAAACGUUCGCUAGAGCUGUUUUUCGACGUAAUUAUAGAGUAUUACAUAGAUACCGACAGUUCGUUUGCCCCUACGCACCAUGCAGCCGUUGAGUGCCUGGAAAAGUUGGGACAGCAAUUGGGAAAAAGUAUUCUGAGAGAGAGACUGGCCUCUUAUGAUCCUUUAUUUGUUGAGAAAUUCGUCAAGUUUUAA